UGAGUCAUGAGGGGUGGAGAAGAGGGAGAAUUAGAUAAAUACCAGCGUGGCUUCCCCGGCUCCUCUCUGCAUCCUCCCCCACCUUCCCAGCAAUAUGCAUCUCGCACGUCUGGUCAGCUCCUGCUCCCUCCUUCUGCUAUUGGGGGCCCUGCCUGGAUGGGCAGCCAGCGAUGACCCCAUUGAGAAGGUCAUUGAAGGGAUCAACCGAGGGCUGAGCAAUGCAGAGAGAGAGGUGGGCAAGGCCCUGGAAGGCAUUAACAAUGGAAUCACGCAUGCUGGAAGGGAAGUGGAGAAGGUUUUCAAUGGACUUAGCAACAUGGGGAGCCAGCCCGGCAAGGAGUUGGACAAAGGCGUCCAGGGGCUCAACCACGGCAUGGACAAGGUAGCUCAUGAGAUCAACCAUGGUAUCGGACAAGCAGGAAAGGAAGCAGAGAAGUUUGCCCAUGGGGUCAACAACGCUGCUGGACAGGUUGGGAAGGAGGCAGACAAACUGAUACACCACGGGGUCCAUCACGGGGCCAACCUGGCAGGAAAUGAGGCAGGGCGGUUCAGCCAGGGGGCCCACCACGCUGCGGGGCAGGCUGGAAACGAGGCUGGGAGGCUGGGCCAGGGGGCCCACCACGCUGCGGGGCAGGCCGGAAACGAGGCUGGGAGGCUGGGCCUGGGGGCCCACCACGCUGCGGGGCAGGCCGGAAACGAGGCUGGGAGGCUGGGCCAGGGGGUCCACCACGCUGCGGGGCAGGCCGGAAACGAGGCUGGGAGGCUGGGCCAGGGGGUCCACCACGCUGCGGGGCAGGCCGGAAACGAGGCUGGGAGGCUGGGCCAGGGGGCCCACCACGCUGCGGGGCAGGCCGGAAACGAAGCUGGGAGGCUGGGCCUGGGGGCCCACCACGCUGCGGGGCAGGCCGGAAACGAGGCUGGGAGGCUGGGCCAGGGGGCCCACCACGCUGCGGGGCAUGCCGGAAACGAGGCUGGGAGGCUGGGCCAGGGGAUCUAUCAUGGGCUCAAUGAGGGCUGGAAGGAGACAGGGAAGUUUGGGCAGGGGAUCCAGCAUGCUGCCAGUCAGGCUGGGAAGGACGCAGAGAAGUUGGGGCAGGGGAUCCAGCAUGCUGCCAGUCAGUUUGGGAAGGAGGCAGAGAAGUUCGGCCAGGGGGUUCACCAUGCUGCCUCACAGGUGGGGAAGGAGGGUAACAGAAUAGUCCAAGGCCUCCAUCAUGGCGUUAGUCAGGCUGGAAGGGAGGCGGGGCAGUUUGGCCACAACAUUCACUAUGCAGCAGGGCAGGGUGGGAAAGAGGGGGACAUGGCAAUCCAUGGUGUCCAACCUGGGGUCAACCAGGCCGGGAAGGAGGCGGGGCAGUUUGGCCAGGGAGUUCAUCAUACCCUUGAACAGGCUGGAAGGGAAGCAGACAAAGCUGUCCAGGGGUUCCAACCUGGGGUCAACCAGGCCGGGAAGGAGACAGGGCAGUUUGGCCAGGGAGUUCAUCAUACCCUUGAACAGGCUGGAAAGGAAGCAGACAAAGCUGUCCAGGGGUUCCACACUGGGGUCAACCAGGCCGGGAAGGAGGUGGAGCAGUUUGGCCAGGGAGUUCAUCAUACUCUUGAACAGGCUGGAAAGGAAGCAGACAAAGCUGUCCAGGGGUUCCAACCUGGGGUCAACCAGGCCGGGAAGGAGACAGGGCAGUUUGGCCAGGGAGUUCAUCAUACUCUUGAACAGGCUGGAAAGGAAGCAGACAAAGCUGUCCAGGGGUUCCAACCUGGGGUCAACCAGGCCGGGAAGGAGACAGGGCAGUUUGGCCAGGGAGUUCAUCAUACUCUUGAACAGGCUGGAAGGGAAGCAGACAAAGCUGUCCAGGGGUUCCACACUGGGGUCAACCAGGCGGGGAAGGAGGCGGGGCAGUUUGGCCAGGGAGUUCAUCAUACCCUUGAACAGGCUGGAAGGGAAGCAGACAAAGCUGUCCAGGGGUUCCACACUGGGGUCAACCAGGCCGGGAAGGAAGCAGAGAAACUUGGCCAAGGGGUCAACCAUGCUGCUGACCAGGCCGGAAAGGAAGUGGAGAAGCUUGGCCAAGGUGCCCAACAUGCUGCUGGCCAGGCCGGGAAGGAGCAGCAGAAUGUUCAUAAUGGGGUCAACCAAGCCAGCAAGGAGCAGCUGCUGAAUGGCAACCAUCAUGGCGGAUCUUCCGGCCAUCAAGGAGGGGCCGCAACCACGCCGUUAGCCUCUGGGGCCUCGGUCAACACGCCUUUCAUCAACCUUCCCGCUCUGUGGAGGGGCAUCGCCGACAUCAUGCCCUAAACUGACACCCCACCUUGCUGGGAGACUAAUGCUGCCGUUGUCACAUCAGCUGAAUGACCUGGAGGGGCUUGGGGUGGGGGACAGGUUUCUGGAGUCCCUGAAGGGGGUCCUACUGGGAUUUGUGAAUAAACUCGAUACACUACGCCGUC